UACACUACACACAUAUCACUUCAAAACUAUUACCCAAAACCACGACGAGAGCAACCACCAUCGACGGCGACGGCGACGGCGGAAGACGGCGGAGGAUAUAUAAUUAAUUACUCGAAUUACUUGCUGUUUCAAUGGAAGUUCGCCGGAAUAUCGCCGGAAUGUUGCAGGCGGAGGAGCACGGCCUCAAUCUGAAAGCUACCGAGCUCUGCCUCGGCCUUCCCGGCGGCGGCGCCGCCGCCGAAACUGAAACCAAAAUCACCGGAAAACGUGGCUUCUCUGAGACCGUUGAUCUUCAUCUCAAUCUUCAAUCCAACGACUCUCCUGCUUCGGAUCUGAAAGAAGGCCUGAAACCCCCCGCCAUGGACAAAGCUGUAGAUCCUCCCAAAGAUCACGUCAAACCACCUGCCAAGGCACAGGUGGUGGGAUGGCCGCCGGUACGGUCGUUCCGGAAGAACAUAAUGGCAAAUCAGAAGGGCGGCGGCGGCCGUGGCUCCUCCGCCGAGGAGGCGGCGCCGGCGGCGUUUGUGAAGGUGUCGAUGGACGGGGCGCCGUAUCUACGUAAGGUUGACUUGAAAAUGUACAAAAGCUAUGAGCAGCUGUCUGAUGCCUUGGCCAAAAUGUUCAGCUCCUUCACUAUGGGGGAAUAUGGGAGGCAAGGAAUGAUAGAUUUCAUGAAUGAGAGGAAACUUAUGGAUCUGCUAAACAGUUCUGAAUAUGUUCCCACUUAUGAAGAUAAAGAUGGAGAUUGGAUGCUUGUGGGAGAUGUUCCUUGGGAGAUGUUUGUCGAUUCGUGCAAACGCCUUCGCAUCAUGAAGGGAUCCGAAGCGAUUGGACUCGCACCAAGAGCAAUGGAGAAAUGCAAGAGCAGAUGCUGAAGAAGAAGAAGAAGAAGAAAUGCAUGCAUGUAAUGAAUUGCCUGUCAAUUUUAAUUUUCAUAUGUUUUAUUUAAUUCUCUGUUUAAUUAAUAUUUUGCAGACAAUCAUGGUUUCCUGAAUUUCAUGACUUCCUAUGUGUCUCUGUGUUUUGUAAUAAUAAUAUUAUUAUUAUUAUUAAUUUA